AUGGACCUUCAGAAAACUGAGCAGAAAAUUACAUGUGACAAUCCAUCUGACGAGACAGAAGUGGUGAGCUCGAAGCCCGAAAAAUGCUCAUUUUCAAAGUCUGAGGAAGUGCCUAAUGAUUUGCUGUCAGAAUGUGAGUUUUAUAUUCUAUGUAACUAUAAUUUUUCUAUUUUUCAGCUUUAAAUGUUCAAGCCCAGUUUCGAACAGAAUCAGUGAGUGAAUAUUUUGAAGCUUCGCAACAGAAAAAUACUUGAAAUUAGCAGGAUUCCCAUCUCGAGUCCUCUUCGACAAACGUUGAUAAAGAAGCUGAUAUUCAAGAAAGCAUAAAGGCAUGUGACAGUUUUCAUUCAAAACCGGCUUUUUUUUUAAAUUUCAGAUUGACCGCGUUCCAACAGGUUCUUCAAUAUUUUUCCAAGAAAAGUUUUUUAUUACCUAUGUCUGAAAGAAAUUUUUUUUGGUUCAGAAAAACGACUGAUAAAAACGUCGAAACUAAGGAAAGUUCUUUUGAGAAUAUUUUUGACGAAAUCGCGAAUCAAGACGUUCAGGUAAUAUUUCUUAAUCGAGUUUAUUAAAUUAAUGGUUAUUUUUUUAGAAAGUAGAGAGGAAUGAAACAAGACGAGCGCCUUCAAUAGCAAGUUAUGGAGGAGAUACGGAGAGUGAAUGGGAUUUGAGUGACGCAGACAGCGAUUUGAGCGAAUUUCUCCUGGAAUCUGGUGCUGGCAGUGAUUCUGACGCAGAGUUUGACAGGUUUUCUUUAUUUUUCUUACUACGUACUUUCUAAUUUUGAGUUUUUUUCGAAUUUUUUUGAAUUUUGUGUGGAGUUACAACAUGGGAAUGAUCCUUGGAUGAAAAAUAAUCAAGAUUUUUGUUUCGGAAAAAAAUCGUUAAAUUUUUUUCAAAACGAAUUGAUUUGUUUUAUGUCGUUAAAGACCAAACUUGAUUUUUAGCAAUUCCACAUUUUUCCAUGUCAUUUUUUUAGAUUCGUCCACAAAUCCUACAAGUAUCUGAAGAAAAUUCACAAUAGUGAGUAUCCGGACGGACAUUCGUCUUCCAAACGAAGUCGCCCAACGCCAAAACAGCCAAAAACGGUUUGAAUCCUUCUGAAAAAACGCGAAAUAAUAUUUUUUUUAGGAAAAUGUUCGCGAAUAUGAGCACCUGCCGCCACUAGAAAAGUUGACUAUUCAAUGCGAAGAAAAAGUUGAUAUUGUCAGCUUCGGGACCGUUUCCAAAAUUGUCGACUGCUUGGGUACGUUUUUGGAGAUUUUAUUUUAAAAAGAAAUUAAAUUUUUAGUGAUAAUUGAGCCGAAUUGCACGGAAGUUCUGGAUUUCGAUUCGUAUCUCUUUGAUGAGGUUUUAAAUAUUUCCACCAAGGAAAACAACCAAUUUUGUAAACUUUAGGAUAAAAAAAUUGUCGGGCAAGUUUUCGACAUUUUCGGCCAGGUUAAGGAUCCUCAGUAUGCUAUAAGAUUCAACACGGCGGAGGAGGUGAGAAAACUCUGAACUCAGGAGUUUCAGGGACCUUCUUGGUGCUUUUUUCUAUAGUUUCGAUCACUCUAAAAUCACUAAGGUCCCUAAAUUCUGAAAAGGUAAUUUCUACCAUUUCUAUCGAACUUUCCAGGCCUCCAUAAUCCCCAUCGGUUUGAAAAUUUUCUACGCUCCGAAUGUAGAUUCUUUCUCGAAGACUCCCUACAAAGGGUAAAAUAACCUUGCUUCUCCUUUUUAAAAUUCAAUAGUUUAGCUUGAACCUGAGAAAUAUCGAUCAACGUAAAAUCGCCGAGAUGAAUAAGCAGAUGGAUCGGGAAAUUUUGCUCCAAAACGCGGCGACGAAGGAAAAUGAUGGAAGUGACAGUUGCAAUGAAUUCAGUGAUGAUGAACUGGAAAAGGCCUACAAACAGCAGAAAGGUCCAUUUUUUAAAGGAAAUCACAAAAACGUCUUUUUCAUCUUUAUAUUGUUUUAGUUUGACAAAAAAGUUUGCAGGUGCAGCCUCUGGACCCAAAAAAACCUGAACAAAGGGAAAAAGAAAUCGGGCGGGAAAUCGAGUUUCUUUUGCUGGCCCGGCGUCAUCUUCUCGUCAAGGUUUAUCAGUAGAAAUAGUAAUUAUUGAUGGUUAAAUUUUAGAAAGCGAUUCUGGUAAGCAUAAUCAAGGAAGAAAUGAACACCAUCAUCAGCAAGGGCGUGGGAAUUUUGAUAGACCGUAAGCUUGUAGAUUAUUUUUACGAAGAUGUGGAAAAAGGAUCCAUAGAAAUGUUCCUUUUUUGCUGCCUUUUUGCGCCCUUUUCUCGGCCAUUCUGUAACAUUUUUUGCUGUCUCUCCCUUUUUCCAUUAUUUCUUGAGCCUUUGAAAUACCAGAAAAUGGUAACCAAGUUGAAAAUCAUGGUUUUCGAAAAUCUCUUCAUAGAAAGUUCAACUUUUUGUCUUGAAAUCUUUCACUUUAACUGUCAUUUUGUAAUUAUUAUUUUUUUUUUUUGGUUAAAAGAGCUGUUUUUUUGCGAGAAAUGAGAUUUUAAAGCUUCAAUCUUCCAAGUUGAGGUUGAUAAAAAGGGUUAAUUGUAUCCGAACAAAUUUCUAGGUUCUAAAAGACACCAAAAAGUCGAGUAUUUUCAUAAUUUCUUCAGCGGAAAAUGGGAUUGGCACAACCGACCGGCGCAAAAUCGAGUGUAUCGUCGGGAUUUCGAUGGAACGCCUUCCAACGACGUUCCAAAGCCCCCAACCCCAGCAGAACCACCCCAAAAACAACCAGAAACUGCCGAAACCUCCUCCAAUCCGUAUGCAGAGUACGGCUGUUAUGGUGGCCUUGCCGGAAGGUUUGGCUUCUAGGUAUUUUCUGGGUCUUUCUUAG